AAAACAUGAACAAUAAAAAAGCAAGUUCCAUAUUCUCCACUACUACCAAGUCUCCAUAUCAAACAAACCUCCCACAUUUUCCUCCGCCCACCUCCGUCCUCCUCCGCCGCUCGCCGCCGUCCCAAUUCACACAACACCCAUAAACAAUAUACCCCACCAUGUCAAACCCCACAAUCCCAUUAACUUUCUUACUCAUCCUAACCUACUCAGCCCUUUUAUCACAGUCUAUAAUCCCAUCAAGAUACGACGGAUUCGUGUACCGAAAACGGGCUGCGUCUACUGCCACCGUGUUGAUCGAGGCGUUUUACGAUCCGGUCUGCCCCGAUAGCAGGGACUCGUGGCCUCCGCUUAAGCAAGCGGUUGAUCACUACGGCCCGACUGUUGUAUCGCUCAUCGUUCACACGUUCCCGUUACCAUACCAUGACAACGCUUUUAUUACUUCCCGCGCUUUGCAUAUCGUCAAUGAGUUGAAUGCUUCAGCUACAUACCAUUUGUUGAACGCAUUUUUUAAGCAUCAGGAGCGAUUUUACAGCGAGCAGACCUUGAAUAUGUCUCGCGAAGCUGUUCUCGAUAAAGUCAUAAAUUUCGCAUCAAGCACCCUCGGCAACUCCAUGCAAUCCGCUAUUAAGUCUGGAUUCAAUGACUCGGCUACGGGUACCAAAACAAGAGUUUCAUUCAAGUAUGGUUGCUCGAGAGGGGUGUUCGGCACGCCGUUUUUCUUUGUUAACGGGUUUUCGAUACCCUUCAAUGACUCGGAACCAAUCAACUACAAUGGAUGGAGAAACAUCAUUGAUCCGCUCACGACCAAACAACGUAAUAUCUAAGUUUGAAAUUGUUAUCAUACCAUUUGUAUUUCGAUCAAAACUAUGGAUUUUGAAUAGUCCUCAUCCCAUUUGCCUUUCGAUUAAAACUAUGUUUGUGGCCCGAUGUUGUUUUAUAUGAAUAAAACAUCUUAUCAGCAUUUGGAAUCUA